AUGAGUACAUUCUAUGAUGAACGAGACAUUAUCAAAGUUUUUCGUGUAUGGAAAACUGUUCAUCAAAUGGUUCAUGAUCGAGGUUAUUUAAUGUCUCAGGAGGAACUCAAUAUAACUUUAGAUCAGUUUAAGCAACAAUAUUGCACUAUCAAUGGCGUUGAUCGAUCAACACUUUCUUUUUACGCUAGACCACCACCUGGAUCCAAUAAAGAGCAAAUAUAUGUAGCAUUUCAAAGAGAACCGUCUAUUGGCAUCAGCGCAAUGCAGGAUUUUGUACAUACUCUUCAAGAACACGGGCAUAAGAUUGGAAUUUUAAUCUAUCAAACUUCAAUGACACCUUCUGCAAAUAAAAUCAUUGCUACAAUGGCAGGGAAAUUCACAAUUGAACCUUUUCAGGAGUCAGAUCUCCUAGUAAACAUUACACAUCAUGAACUUGUUCCAAAGCAUAUUGUUCUUACUCCUGAGGAGAAAAAAGAACUACUAGAACGUUAUCGGUUAAAAGAAGCACAGCUUCCACGUAUCCAAAUGGCAGAUCCUGUUGCACGAUAUUAUGGACUAAAACGAGGCCAGACUGUUAAAAUUAUUAGACGAAGUGAAACCAGUGGCAGAUAUGCAAGCUAUCGAAUAUGCAUGUAG